AUGACUGAUUUUAAUUUAAUUUCUGAUUUAUUACCAAUUAUUGCUAAUAUUUAUUUUAAUGGACGUUUAAAUGGACAACAACAACAAAUAGCAAAUUCAUUUUCCCUCGAUUUAGGCCAGGCAGCAAUUUUACUUGGAGUUGGAUUACAACGGAAAAGUGUGGAUACAGUUGCAAAAGAAUUAGAAUUACCUAUAGAACAAGGAUAUGCCCUUUUAAACAAAUCUAUUAGAAGAUUAUCUAAUCAUUUUGACACAAUAUGUCGUGAUUCGAUUGAACUAGAUUCAAUUAUGGAGGAACAAUCAGAAUCAAAAAAUAACAGCAAGAGAAUAAGAGUUUCUCAUUUUGAUGUUGAAGAAUAA